UGGGCAGUGGGUGUGGUGUAUCCAGAGAAACACACCACAAAUCAACAAGAUGUCUCUCUUCACUUUACCAUGUCUUUAUCUUAAUCUUGGAGGAGAAAUGAUCAUCAUACUGCAGCAAAGACUAGAGGCUCAAGCUGUACCAGGAGAAAAACAAAGAAAAGUACUCAAGGACAUCAUAAAUCACUUUCUCCACGACUCUGUCCUUUCUACUCUCUUCACUCCUCAGCCUCUGAUGAGCAAGAAACGGCUCAAGACAACAUUCACAAAGCUAGCUCAUGGCUCCAUAAUGAAACUUAGUCCAGAUGCCAUGGACAAAUUGUUUGACUUGAUGCUGAUGGCUUUCAAGUACAAGGUAUUUACUUGCAAGUCGGGCCACGAGCUCCUGAUGCUAACCCUGUCUCAUCUUGAUGACAUUCGGCUCCAUAUUGAUGAAGUCCAGUAUUUCGUGGACAUGGUCAACACCAUGUUUGCUCAGUGCGUGGAAUUUUAUAAAGAAAAGAUGAGCUCAGCUCAAUUGGAACUAGUGAGGCACACUAUACUUAACUUCUUGCAAGAUUCGCAUAAAAAGGUGUCUAUAUUUUUGACUCGUCAUAUCCAGCUGCCAACAGGACGGUUUGUGUUGCCUCACGGUGGGACUGUACCAUUCGGUUGUGAGAUGCCCGGAAAGAUCACUUACCUUCAGAAAGACCAAAAGUCGGAAACGGUCUCAUUGUCCGUGAAGUACUAUAGAAUUGAGAAGGAAGGAUCGCUCGAUUUCAUCGGAGAUAGGAGAAUGUUCCCCAACGUCAAUUUGUAUGGCAAUGAAAAGAGACAGAGAGUUCGAUCAAUCGAUGCAGCACUAUCCGAUAGACUUGGGAAGAUGGAUGAAGAGGAAACCUCUUCAGGUUAUGGUGAGCUGGACUUACUGCAGCACCUCUUGAUUGGCUUCCAAAACUCACCGUCUACUACAAAAUCAUUCAAACUGACACUGUUUGAAGAUGAUGAAGAUAAAGAACCUGCUAAAAAGCCAGGAGCAAACACAACCAAGGCCAAAUCAGUAACACAGAAAAGUGAUAGUGGUACUACUGUUAAGAUAUCAGACUGCAAGUCAUCUGAGAUGAAAUUAAUAAUUGAUGAUUUUGACGAGAAGACAACAGUAAGUGUUACUGAUAAAGGUGAUGAUCUCCUAAGCCUCAUGGAUGCUCUAUAAGUUAUACUGUUAAUUCAUUAAACACUUCAUUCCUUACACCUUAGCCCAUUCACACGUUUUCUCAAAAUGGUCAUAAUUGUUAUUUCAAUUUUAAAUAAUAUUGUCAUUAUUUUUUUCAA